AUGUCCUUAAGACACUCUCUUUUACUCCUCCCAAAGGCAUCUCCAAGAUUUUUUUACACUGCUAAGAGGUUGUUGCCUGCGGUUUCAAGAAAGAAUUUUAGCAACUUUUCACCAAUCCUCAAUAAGGACGAAUCUAUCAAGUUCCCUGUUAAUGCUACCGGCAAAAACGAAAAUGAGGCAUCAACUAAGGUGAACUUGAACGAGGGAAAGACCCCUAUAGGAAAAAUUCCACAAAAGCUUAUGAUUUCCUUCACUUGCAAGAAAUGUUCCACCAGAUCCAGUCAUAUAAUGUCAAAACAGGCAUACACCGCAGGAACAGUUCUCAUAGAAUGUCCAGGCUGUCACAACAGACAUCUAAUUGCGGAUCACUUGAAGAUCUUCAAUGAUAACAGAAUUACCAUUGAGGAUAUACUCAAAGCUAAAGGAGAAACGGUGACACUUGGAAAUCCAAAUGAUAUUGAGUUUGACUCUUUGCCUGAGUCGAUUAAGGAGAAGUUAAGAACGAAAAACUAG